CUUUGCUGCUGCGUACGCCAUCACUCCUCGACUGGCUUUCACCGCCGCCGCCGCCGCCGCCGCUCAUCCUCAUUUCAUCCUCGCGACCUCCCUCACCCCUCUUCUUUCUCUGUAAAUUACCUUCGCCCGUUGACCUCUUCUUCUUCGAUACCUAUUCCUCGUUGCCACGCACGCCGCGAUGAGCGGUCUCAUCAACUACGGCUCUCGAGCCAACCGUCGCUCUCCCCCUUCUUCCGUUGAAGAGCAAAGCGAGAACCCCUUCAGCGAGACGACUGCCACCAACACCAACACCAAUACCCGUGAUGGCGGCAAUGAUGCUGUCUACUCGUCUUCCGAGCAGGACACGGGAUACGAUGGCUACACGGACACGUCUGUUCGCGAGGAUGGUCGCGGUGGCGCAGACCGGAUGGAGACAAUCGAUGAGUCCUCUCGUGGAGGGCGUCGUGACGAUGAGCCCUUCUUCGACCCUACCUUCCCCUCGUACGAGGAGGAAGAGCCGCUCGAGAUGGCCUUCUUCGACCAUGUGGUUCAAGACUACGGCGAGAUGGGCAUCGUAGGCAAGACGCGCCUCUUUGUUCGCCAGUCUCUCUCCUUUGGUCUGACUCUCGGAGCAUUGGGCGGUAUCUUGGUCCUGGCAUUCGCCGCCUACUUCAACCCAUUCAAGAAGCAGCGCCCCCGCGCCAAGCCAGACCGAGAGUACGAGCGCCGCAUCACUGGCGAGCGUCUCUCUGGCCGACCAGAGUACUAUGCCGAGUUCUGGGGAUACCACUGCGACACCCAUGACAUCAUCACCGAAGGCGGCUGGAUCCUCAAAGCCCACCGCAUCUCUGACCCACGUCGUGGCGGCCCACCGGGACAUCCAGUCAUCCUGCAGCACGGUAUUCUAUGUAACUCUUCCCACUUCUUCGUAUGCGAGGAAAGAAGCAUGGCAUUCUGGCUCGUGGACCAAGGCUAUGACGUAUGGGUCACCAACAUCCGCGCCAACUUCGAGGCUGGACACACAGAGUACCCGCGCAGCGACCCACGCUUCUGGGCUUGGGGCCUCAAGGAGCUCGCCUUUGACUUGCGCGACGUCGUCGAGUUCAUCUGCGGCGCCACGGGAAAGCCUAGAGUCGCGUACGUCGGGCACUCGCAGGGGUCUGGAUCCAUGUAUCUCGCACUGAGCCCUGGGAUCUGCCCAGAGCUCGGCAGGCGUCUCUCCUCUUUCACGGCCAUCGGCCCCUCAGUCUAUGCCGGUCCUGUGCUUCGCAAGUUCCCGUUCAGCCUGAUGAGACAAUUCAGAGGGCGCAAAUGGUGGAGUACAGUGUUCGGAGUCAAGGAGUUCAUUCCAGCACUUGCGCUCUUCCAGAAGUACGCUCCAUCCUUCAUGUUCGCCCACCUUGCCUACGUCAUCUUCUACUACCUCUUUGGCUUUGACGACUCGUCAUGGGUCAACCGCCAGAAGGGCAAAAUCUUUAGGACGCUGCCCCACAGCACCAGUAGCGAGCUUUUGUACUGGUACAUGGCCUCCUUCUCUCACCGUGGCUGCAUCUUCGACCCUCGUCAGGAGCGCUGGUUCCCCUCGACCUUCCCGCCCCACACCAUCGUCUACGGCACGGCCGACUACCUGGUGCUGGGCAAGCCCUUGGCGGACCGCAUGGCGCAGCAUGAGAGCAACGUCAAGAUGAUCAACACGGUAGCGCUCGAGGGUGCUCAGCAUCUCGACUUUAUCAUGGCAGUCGAUGCCAUUCGCACCACAUUCCCGGCCAUUCACGACUGCAUCCAAUCAUCGUUGCACCCUUCAGAGCGCGAUGAGGAGAUGGAGGAGAAGGAGGGAGGACGACGAGGCUAUUGAGCUUUCUAAGCAGACUACCUUGAAUCAGGGUCGCUUCCAGUUGCAUCACCAUGUCCGGCGCAGCGGUCUCACUUGACUCGGCCUCACCCGCAUCGCCGCCAUUCAUCAAGUCUCAAGACUCACCCGUCCUUCACUUGCCCCGGUCAUCUCACGCACCCCAUUCUUUUCCGUUGCGCUCCUUUGUAAGUCUACUCGUAACCCCCCUUCGCUUUCCUCUUCGCCUCGCCGUAUACCGCCGCGGGCGCAUCCACUCUCUUUGGCUCCGACUCGUCUCCUGCUACCGGCUUCAAGUCUUGUUCGUCCAGCUCCAAUGCUAUUGAUUCGUCUGGCUCUUGCUCAGCAUCCACUU